GCGCUAUCAAAGUGGCAAAGAGAACUCUGAAUGUAGUUUUGGAACAGCAAGAAGAUCAAUGGCAUGACUAUCUAUGGGUCUCGCCUGCUUUUUGUGGAUCUUUGACACACUUUCAGCGUGAUCUCCCUGCACGGGUAAAUAGUGCUCUACCAAAACGGAGCCAGAGAGGGAGACCCCUCUAGAUGUGGGUUUGGAACAGCUAAGAAGCAUGCCUGAAAAAUGAAGAAAUUGAAUGGCUUUCCCGGGCACUUUUUCGGUUGGUCAUGGAGACAAUUAUCACCGGGCUUCAAGAUGCUGUUUGGUUGUUCCAGAAAGUUAUCAAAAAAAUUCAUCAAAAAAUUCCACCGGGAACCGCCCCAAAUGGGAACAUCCGGACAGUAAAUAAGGACUUAUUUGACCCUUUUUAUGCAAUUUCGAGGACAGAUAGCAUUACCACGGACUACAGCAUUCAAUAUUACCUUCUAAGCAAACCUCCGUCCUUAUAUAGCUAUUCCUUAGUUGCAGACUUGCUGCGCACAUUCAACUGCAUGGUAAGCAAUGAAAAAAAAUACAAAUACACGGGCUGAUGGUGCAGUUAAUAGCCUUUUCAUCCCCUAUGCAAACAUCUUUCGACUAAAACAUCAAUACUCAUACUAGGAAUAUAUCAAAACUCCAAAAUAUUCAGAACUAAAAUAAUAUAGUUACAUUUUAGGGCCCUAAAUUUGACAUGCUAGUCCCAUUAAGCCUCUGAACUUCUAACUUUUUAAGUGGGCCUAUUGACUAGAUCAUUCGUAAACUUCAACCAAUUAAACCUCAUUUGUAGCUCUGUCGAGUUUGUGUAGUCAUGUAGUUUCACACGCAAAUUUUCACCACUUGCACAACCCACACCAUAUCCCAUAUGUACCAAAUGAGUUUAGUGCAUUGGCAUAAUAAUGCCCAUAGGCUUCAAAUCAGGCAUGUCAAUAAUCAGGCUUGUUAAUCGCAGGCUCACUGUCAAGGUAAGUCGUUCAGAUCCCUGUCACAGUCUGAAGAAUGAAUGGUUUUAGUUGAGGAUUUUUCCAAUUUUUCCAAUUUCAAGAGCAUAAUUCUAUAUGUUUUUGUAGGAGCGGCAAAAGUACGUAUCUUCAACAAGUAUGUCUCAUUGUCAUUCUUGCUCAAAUUGGAUGCUAUGUACCUGCACGCUUUGCCAAUUUGAGGGUUUUUGGUCGCAUAUUCACACUGAUGGGAACUCCUGGAACUGUUGACUGUCUUGAGUAUAACUGUAGCAUAGUAUGAGCUUCUAGAGUACUAAACCAUAUUAUUAUGUGUAUUUGUUGAUUCAUUAGAAAAUAUUGAAUAAUUCAUAUAACUUUUAUCUUUGCAUAGCGGUUGUGCAUCUUCAGAGUCAUAUUCAGAAAAGGGGAGGGGAGGGAGGAAAACAGGAGAGGUCAGGAAUAAACUUUAGCUCCUCAACUAAAACCAUUCAUUCUUCAGACUGCAAUAACAGGGAUCUAAACGACUUGCCUUGACAGUGAGCCUGCGAUUAACAAGCCUGAUUAUUGACAUGCCUGAUUUGAAGUCUAUGGGCAUUAAUGUGCCAAUGCACUAAAUUCAUUUGGUACAUAUGGGAUAUGGUGUGGGUUGUGCAAGUGGUGAAAAUUUGCGUGUGAAACUACAUGAUUACACAAACUCGACGGAGCUGAAAAUGAGGUUUAAUUGGUUGAAGUUUACGAAUGAUCUAGUCAAUAGGCCCACUUAAAAAGUUAGAAGUUCAGAGGCUUAAUGGGACUAGCGUGUCAAAUUUAGGGUCCUAAAAUGUGCCAAUGCUACUUUCGUUUUGAAUAUUUUGGAGUUUUGAUAUAUUCCUAGUAUGAGUAUUGAUGUUUUAGUCGAAAGAUGUUUGCAUAGGGGAUGAAAAGGCUAUUAACUGCACCAUCAGCCCGUGUAUUUAUAUGGAAAGAUAAACUCAAGAUGAUUGAUUUUUUUUUCAUUGCUUACCAUGCACUUGAAUGUGCGCAACAAGUCUGCAACUAAGGAAUGCUAUAUAAGGAUGGAGGUUUGCUUAGAAGGUAAUAUUGAAUGCUGUAGUCCGUGGUAAUGCUAUCUGUCCACUUGAUGACUCAACAGAAGUACUUUAUUCUUCAUUCUUUUCAAACUACUACUAUAUUUAUUUAAAAGACACUCCCUCCUUUACUGUUGUACAGAGCUAAUGGAUGUUAUACGGCAGGAUGUUUCCAUGCUCACACUUCUUUCUGAAGUCCUAUGCCUUUUAGACAUGGUAGUUAACUCAUUUGCUCAUAUGAUUUCAACAAAACCUGUUGAUCGAUAUAUUAGACCUCAAUUCACAUGUGAUGGUCCAUUAGCAAUUGAUUCUGGCAGGCACCCCAUUAUAGAAAGCAUACACAAUGAUUUCAUUCCCAAUAAUAUAUUUCUAUCUGAAGCAUCAAAUAUGGGAAUCGUGAUUGGGCCUGACAUGAGCGGCAAAAGUACAUAUCUUCAACAAGUAUGUCUCAUUGUCAUUCUUGCUCAAAUUGGAUGUGCACGCUUUGCCAAUUUGAGGGUUUUUGAUCGCAUAUUCACACGGAUGGGAACUGCUGACUGUUUUGAGUAUAACUGUAGCACAUUCAUGACUGAGAUGAAAGAGACAGCUUUUAUAGUGCAAAACAUCUCUGAAAGAAGUCUUGUUGUGAUGGAUGAGUUGGGGAGAGCAACAUCUUCGUCUGAUGGAUUUGCAAUGGCUUGGAGCUGCUGUGAGCAUAUAAUGGCACUAAAAGUAAUCAGCUAAUGCAGCUACUUCAGCCAGAACUUCAUAAAUUUCAGCAGAAUCAGCCAAAACAGCCGAUUUUCAUGCUACCAAACGGGCUCUAUAUUUGCUACCCAUAUGGAAAAUCUUUCAGAGCUUGCCACUCUCUACCCAAAUGUGAAAAUUCUUCAUUUUCAUGUUGAGGUGAAAUACAACCAGAUGGAUUUCAAGAUGGAAAAUGUCAUGUGCCACAUUAUGGACUGAUGCUAGCAGGAGUGGCUGGGUUACCAAGUUCAGUCAUUGAAAGUGCCAAAAGAAUCACAUCUACUAUAACACAGAAGAAAGCAAAGAGAAUGGAGGUGAAUUGCCAACAAAACAACGACUUUCAAAUGAUCUACCGUGUUGUGCAACGGCUCAUUUGCUUGAAGUAUUCCAAUCAAAAUGAAGAUUCUUUGAGGGAAUCUUUGCAGAAUCUUAAAGUGUUGUAUUGGUGGAAGUGUUUAAAGUUCAGUUCAUUAAGUUGUGUCUAAUGUCAUCUCAAAUACUAUUUCAGCAUUGUGACUUUGUAUAUGAGUAUCAAAACAGAAAUGAACUGAAAAAUAUACCAACUACUUCGCACAAAGAAAGGUUGUACUCAAUUUGUUAGGUUCAGUCUGGAUGGAAGGUUUGAGUGAGACUUCGUAAGGGUUAAAUUAGUUUAUCCUGUUAAAUAUUGAGAUAAUGCUUCUAAUAUACUACGUAUAUUAGAACUGUUCAUACGUCACUGUUUUGUUGAAUU